CCUCCAAGGUAGGAAUGAGCAGUGGCAGGAGAGGAGAAGACACGCUUGGGGAGGAUGGACAACCUCGCUGCUCCGAGAGAAGCAAAAAGCCUCGAUGCCAAUGAGUGGAAAGGCGGCAGGAGCCGGGCGCCAGAGCCCACGGACCAAAUUAGCUUCGAGCAGCUGCCUCGGCGUAGCUGAAGGCUGUGAGGUCUCGGGUUGCUCCGACGCCGGAGCUAAAACUGGAUCAGCCUUCAGAAAAAGCGGGCGAGACGCCGAGAAGCAGGAGGAGGAGCGAGGGCUGGGCUGUGGGAAGCCCAGGCAGGGAAGUCCUUCAGCCGGUUGCAUUUUCUGCUCCAGCUCUGGGGCUGCAAAUGUGAGAAGGAAGCAGGAAAAACUUCUCCUGGUUUAUUUUUUUUAUCCCUGUGGAGGAUUAAUCUUGCCGCUAAUACAGCUUUUAACUCACAAAGCGCCUUAGAGGAAACCAUGCCAGGAGUGAGUUUGCAAGAGAGAAACUGAAAGUGUGAAGUGGGGAGAGCAGCCGCCCUCCUGAUUUCAGCCAUCGGCCAGCUCAGGGCCAUUAUCGCUCUCCCUGCCUGCAAAUAGCAGUGGGUUUCCCAGCUUCUUGGCUUGGAGGAAUAUUUAGGAGAAAAUAUAAGAGCUCUGGGGCCGUGCAGAUUCCCGUCCUGGGAACCCACAGGUGUGGAAGGAGGAGGUUUCGGUUCUUCAGUCCGUCCGUUUGAAGCCAGGAGGAACAGCCCAGCAGCGUCCCUGGCACCAAACCACGGUAGCCGUUCAGCAGAUACGUUGGGUUUGCGUGGCUUGGCUGCGUUGCGGCACCCGUGCGGCCUACCCAUGAGCUCGGACUUCCAGCAUUACAGUUUCAGGAUGCCGAACAUCGGGUUCCAGAACCUGCCUCUCAACAUAUACAUCGUGGUUUUUGGCACGGCCAUCUUCGUCUUCAUCCUCAGUUUGCUCUUCUGUUGCUACUUGAUCAGGCUCAGACAUCAAGCACACAAAGAGCUUUACGCCUACAAACAGGUUAUACUCAAGGAGAAGGUGAAGGAGCUGAACCUACACGAGAUCUGUGCCGUUUGCUUGGAGGAGUUCAAGCCCAAGGACGAGCUGGGGAUCUGUCCCUGUAAACAUGCCUUCCACAGAAAGUGCCUCAUCAAAUGGCUGGAAGUGCGAAAAGUGUGUCCGCUCUGCAACAUGCCGGUGCUGCAGCUGGCCCAGCUGCACAGCAAGCAGGACCCCGGCCCCCCCCAGGGCCCCCUCCCCGGCGCAGAGAACAUCGUAUAGCUCCGCCGCCCCGGGGACUGCCCCGCCGCCGGCCCGGGGGGACUCGGAGACAACCAAAGCACUACGGCACCAGCACGGAGGGACAGGCGAGGACGCGGGCGGCCGGGCGGGGAGCCCGGAGCACUUUAUGGGGGGGCACGUCCCCGCCGGCCGAAGCGGAAGAGCCCCGCGCCCCAAAAACCUGCCUCCGCGGAGCCGUGCCGGGAUGAAGGGUCUCGCACUCGAGCCCGGACUCGAUUCCUCUCCCGGGGCGACGAGGGGACUCUGGGUCCUCCGCGGGCGCCUGCACGACAUCCUUCUUCCAGCACAUCCCUUCUCCUGCACGACGUCCGCCGGGAAGCAGCGUGGGACGCGACGGAGCAGCGUCGAGCCACCCGACGGCGCCCGACAGCCUCCUGCAACGCCGCGACGUCCCGUGUCCCCCCUCCCCGAACGC